AUAAUAUAACCAGGCGACUGAAAGAGGAAUUUUUUUGUAAGAGAGGAGAAUAAUGAAAAAUAUUAGGUUUCCUCCUCCGAAAAAGAGAAAUAAAUGGGCUACAAAAUUUGAUGGUUGGUUAGAAAACAAAAAAAAAAAAAAAAAAAAAAAGGCCCAAAAAGAAAUGGGGUACACGUAAGCGUGAAUGGAAGAGGAAUUAUUCAAAAGUUGAACAAUCUGCCGGCAAUUCGGAAGCAUUUCACAACAUUAUUAUAACACAACCAAGAUCCCAUUUUUCCUUAUUCUUAUAAGAAUUUUACCGCAAUUCAAUUUUUGUUGUUGUUUCAUUAACAAAGAAAAAGAUGGACGAUGGAGACGUAUCAAAGCAGAUUCAGCAAAUGGUCGAAUUCAUUCGCCAAGAGGCCCUCGAAAAAUCCAACGAAAUCUCUGUCUCUACUGAGGAGGAAUUCAAUAUUGAGAAAUUACAAUUAGUUGAAGCUGAGAAGAAAAAGAUUAGACAAGAUUAUGAACGCAAGAAUAAGCAAGUCGAGGUUCGCAAAAAGAUCGAGUAUUCGAUGCAGCUGAAUGCCUCGCGGAUUAAGUUCUUACAAGCUCAAGAUGGGAUUGUGAAUGACAUGAAGGAAGCAGCUUCUAAGGAGCUUCUUCGUGUUUCCGACAACCCCAAUGCUUACUCCUACAAGAAACUUCUCCAAGCCUUUUCUGAUGACAAGAAUCCCUACAACUACAACAAGCUUCUCCAAGCCUUGAUUGUUCAGGGCUUACUACGCUUGAAGGAGCCUUCUUUACUGUUACGCUGCAGGGAGAUGGAUAAGAAAGCGGUUGAGUACGUUCUCGAGGAUUCUAAGAGGGAAUAUGCUGAAAAGGCUAAAGUACAAGCACCUACAAUUACCAUUGACGAUGUCUAUCUCCCUCCACCUCCCUCUGCCUCACAAGAGCAUGGUCCCUCAUGCUCGGGAGGGGUAGUGUUGGCUUCUCGUGAUGGAAAGAUAGUUUGUGAAAAUACUCUGGAUGCACGUCUGACUGUGGCAUACCAGCAGAAGUUACCUCAGAUACGCAAGCACAUUUUCGGAUAGAGUUUGUAUUGGGUUCAAGCAGGAGGAUAUCGUUAUCAAGCUGGAAUUGCACUAUCUCUGAUUCGGCUUGCUAAAAGGAAGCAAAUAAUGUAUUUAUCAAGCCUAGAAUAAACAAAC